GCAGCAUUUUACGCCAGUUGAAAGCAGAGGCUCGGCGGCGGUACACUCUUCGGACAUGGGGUCCUCCUCGUCCUAUCACGUCGAAUAUCCCAAGCCUCCCCCCGCGAUCCCACCUGCGAAACCCGCCGCGCCAGCUUCCGUCGCACAGGAUUCCCCUUUUCAAAACUGCCAGAGCUGUCGCUGGCUUUCUGGGUCUACGCUCAUCGGGGCGGGCGCCUACGUCUUCGUGGUGGGCCUGAGGGCCAAGAAUCGGGAAUUCCCAAUGCUACCAGGCCCCAUAGCGCAGAUGUUCCUCGGCGUCUCUGUCGCCUGUUGGGGUGCAGUUAUCCUGGCGGACCCCAAGAAGAAGUCCCACCAAGGUUGAAAGUACCAGCAAUGAAUUGUAUCCUGUCUCUGACUGCGCAGCAGAAAGAACAAGCAUUGUGUUGGUGGAUAUUCUUUGCAGACGUGGACAGGGAUGCACUUCAUUAUAGAACAUUCCAAGAAGACUGUGGCAACAUGAGCUGUCAUUCUUUGGUCAUGGAUGUUAUUCUUUUGGUCCCUGUCCUAGCCACGCCCACUCCCAUUACCUCUGACCUGCCCCUCAUCUUGGGACCCUUCCUCUUUCUGCUUCCUUGACGUGCGCACGCGUUUCCUCUGUCUCUCUCCUUUUAUCUCUCCUUCCUUCCUUCCUUCCUUCCUUCCUUCCUUCCUUCCUUCCUUCCUCCCUCCCUCCCUCCCUCCCUCCC